GGGGAGGUAGCUGGGCACCUAUACAUGUGACACCAUUUUCCUCAUUGUCAGUGCAUUAUCUGCCAGAUGUUAAACUCCUCCCAAGCAAACUGCUGACCUCCACAAGUUCCAGUCCUGUUUGACUUGCUUUUUUUAAAAAAAAAUCAGGGUACAGCCCCAUGGCUGAUAAAAUGGCUGAGAUGCAGGCUCUUCUAGGAAUGGCCAGUAUCAGUUUAUAUCAGAGACACCUGCAGCUUCCCACUCAGCUUUGCAAAGAAUCCAGUCCCUGUGUUGCAGAUUGCCUGUGUGACCACAGAACAGGCGAGCUCUCAGCCUGGGUGGGAGGAUUGUAAGGGAUUAAUUGCACGCAGGCUGCUGGUUUCAUUUUCAUUCUCUGGGAUGUUCUUCUCAAUGAAUCUUCAGACUCUGAAUCAGUUUCCACAAACCCCCACUCUGGGUAUUUUCAUGCAGAGAUUUCAGUUGUCAUGUGGCAGAGCGAUGGGUUCCAAUUUCUGUUCUUGAUCUGCCUCAGAAAGCAAAGUGUAUCGGGCUGGGCGUGAAGCCAACUGCCAGAGCAGGAGACAUCAGAGCAGGUUCAAGAAUCACGGGCUGUUAAUUCCACAGAUGUCUCAUGAAAUGGAAAGACCCAGCAUCCAAACUCCCCUGAUCAUCCCCAAACCUCGGGAGGAACGGGCUCACUAUGCAACCUGGGGCUUCAUUGCUCUUUGCGUCUUUGCCCUGUAUCACAUAGAGGAAUCCUGGCACCAUGUCGCAGAGAACCUCACCUUCUACUUCAUGGCCCUGCAGAUCGGAGCGCUGCUCAGAGGGGUUUGCAACUUCAUGGAAGAGAUUUGGCACGUGCAAUCCAGACACCACAGCAGCUGGUGGAGGGUGGUGAAUGCCUGUCUGAGCCCAAGUCUGCGCUGCCAUAUGCUCCUGCUGCUGGUCAGUUUCUGCGCCUACAUGGCCCUGCUCAGCGACACCUGGAUGCAGCUCUUCCUUAACCUCAUCCUCGUCUGUCUCUGCCAGCUCCUCAGCUUCGCCUUUGGGCUUCAGAGUCCCUCCGCAGUGGAAAUGUCUGAAAUCUGUGAAAAGAACAACCGCAACGUAGCACAUGGACUAGCCUGGUCUUACUAUGUCGGGUAUUUAAAAUUAGUUCUGCCAUGCCUUAAAGACUUGAUCAGUGAGUUUAACAGAGCCAAUAACAAUUUGCUGAAGUGCAAGGAGACCUGGAAAUUGCACAUCCUUCUUCCAGUGAGCUGUGAGGUAUACGAUGAUCUGCAAAAGGCUGACAGCCACAUCCAGUACUGGAAGGAUCUCCCAGCGCUGCAGCUCGACCGGGCUGGCACUAAAUGGAGAAGCUACAAACAAAGCAUCUAUAAAAUUUUGGGUGAAGACAAAAAGCUGAAUUACUGCAUUGUGGAGUACGCCCCCCCGCUGCAGUCCCUCUACGCUAUGUCCCAGGAUGAAAGUGCCACCUUCAGCCGGGAGGAUCGCCUGGAGCAAGCCCAACUCUUCUGCAGGACUUUGGGGGAGAUCUUACAGCACUCCAAGGAGUGCGCAGGCUGCUACCGGCUCAUUGUGUAUGAGGAGUCAGGAGACAGUGACAGCCAUUUCCUGUCAAAGGAGAUCCUAAGGCACAUCAGACAGCAGCACCUGGAGGAAUACACCAUGUGCGAGGGGAAUCACAAGCCCACCACCUUCCUCUCAACAGAGCCCAACAUCCUGAUCAGUGAUUCGGACCUACCUGGGCCUCUGCGGAGCGAUGGCUUCUGAAACGUGUGGCUGGGACUGUCAGGUUACUCCCUCUUCAAGCAUACAAAAAGAGAGGACCAAGACAGUCAGGGCGGUCCUUAGGCAUAUGCAGCAGCUGUGUAGGGCACCCAAAAAUUUGGUACACCCCUGGGUCUUAAUGUCCACCCUUCCACCACUUCCUAUCCCUGUUCUGACCCUUCCUGCAGGCUCCCACCACAGCUGGCUGCUGCAGCCUGGUGAGUCUUCCUUCUGAGCGGAUCUAGUACUUAAAAGUGAAAAAGCCUUCCAGCCUGCCAGACCUAUUAGCACAACACUGAAACUGUUAAAGGACCAUUCAAGUGGUAAUGAAGCCAUUUAACAGGCAUUUGCCAACCCCCAGGU